AUGGAUAAGGAUACCUUACUCAAAGCAUUGGCAGGCACUUUGGACCUGAACCAACAGGUCCGGAAACAAAGUGAGCAACAGUUGCACAUUUUUGAGGAACAAACGGGAUUCACGGCCUACUUGCUUGACUUGAUUAUCGAGCAGGAAGUCACCCUUGGCAUCCAGAUCUCCGCAGCCAUUUUGUUCAAAAACAGAGUGGCUAACUACUGGGUAGUUCCAGAAAACAAGACUCCUUCGCCUAUCACUAUCAAGGACCAAGAAAAACCAGCCAUCAAGGAGAAACUUAUCCAGACCUUGAUAAAAACCUACAAAAACAACCAGAUCAAGGUCCAAUUGGCCAACGCCCUUCACAACAUCUUGGGCUCCGAAAAGUGGCUGGAACUCAUUCCUUUGAUCAAGAAUUUGUUGCACGACACCUCCAACAUAGAUCAUGUGCACACUGCCUUGAUUUGUUUGUACGAAUACACCAGAAACUACAGAUGGUCGGGUAUUGGUCCCACCAACCCGGUGCUUGAGGAGGUAGCCGAUGAUUUAUUCCCAUCAUUGGAGGCUUUAGCCAACAAUUUGAUCCAAAAUGACUCCACUGUCAGCGAUGAAAUGCUUUACUUAAUCAUUAAAAUUUUCAAAUUCACCACGUUUUCUAUGUUGCCUUCAUACUUCAAGAAUCCUUCUAACCUUGGUAAUUGGUGUCAGUUGCACCUUGUGAUUAUCAACAAGCCUUUACCUCAAUCCGUCUUGAAUGAAGACUCGUUGGACUUAAGAUCACAACUUCCUAGAAUAAAGACUGUCAAGUGGUGUUUCGGAAACCUACACAGACUUUUGAGUCGUCAUGGUGGUGGUUUCACCACCAAGAAGGAGGACGGGAAGGAAUUUGCCGACCUUUUCGUCCAAAACUUCGUGCCCGAAAUCCUUAAUGCUUAUUGGAAAAUUAUCGAAGAGUGGUCUUCCAAAAAAAUCUGGCUUCUGGAAAGCUCACUUUAUCACUUGAUUUCAUUCUUGGAGGAAAAUAUCGAGACCCAAGCGUGGCCAUUGAUCAGCGAAAAAUUGGAUGCCAUUAUCAGACACGUUAUCUUACCUACGUUGAAUGCCAGCGAUGAAACCAUUGAAUUAUACGAAGAUGAACCCGAUGAGUAUAUCAGAAGAUUCUUUGACAUUAACAGAGAGGCCAACACCUCUGAUAUAGCCUCCAUCAACUUCGUGUUUAGGUUAUUAUCAACUAAGUUCAAGGUCACGAUUAAUCAAGUGUUAAACAUCAUCAAUGAAAUUUUCAACAGAAGAGCUAGUGCCAGAUCCGACAUCAGUAUCGCCAAGGAAACCGAGGGUGCUUUCAGAGUCUUGUCAACUAUAUCUCAUAAGUUGGAUAUUUCUUCUUCUCCAGUGCACGGCCAGGUUGACAAGGUUUUGCAUACUUUUGUUUACCCAGAAUUAUCCGCAGAGACCACUGCUGCCACUCCAUGGUUAACUGCUAGAGCUUGUGACACUUUGGCCAUGUUCAGAUACAGUUACAAGGACCAACAAGUAUUGCAAGACAUUUUCCAAGGUAUAGUUACUUGUUUCCAAAACCAACAACACUUACCUAUUCAAUUAACUGCCGUUGACGCCUUGAGUACCUUGGUAGAUGAGGAUUCGGUUGCUGAACACAUCUCCGAGCAAGCUCCUCAGUUGAUGGGUAACUUGUUGGAAAUGUCCAAGACCUGCGAAAGUGACAUUUUGACCAGUGUUAUGGAAAAGUUCGUUGAAAAGUUUGCCAGAAACUUGGAACCAUAUGCUCACGAGUUAGCCAGUAAGUUGGCCGAACAAUUCCUCGUCAUCGCCACUGAUUUAUUGGACCAACAAUCCGGUACCGAAGCUGCCAACGUGGAUGUCGACAAGGAAUACCAAGCUGCCGGUAUCUUGAGCACUUUGACCACUUUGGUUAUCGCCAUGACUUCUUCUCCAGAAGUCGCUGGUUCAAUGGAAAACGUUUUGCAAAACAUGAUAAGAUUCAUUCUUGACCAUGCUAUGGUUUCCUUCUUGACUGAAGCAAUUGAGAUUUUAGAAUCCAUUUUGUUCAGUACCAGAGUCGUUACUCCAACCAUGUGGGGAUUAUUCGAUUGCUGUAUCGGAGCAUUUGAGACCUAUGCCUACGAAUAUUGCGAUUCUUUCCAACCAUUCUUCGAAAGCAUUAUCAAUCACGGUUUCACCAACCCAGAAUUGACUGUGCAAACUCCAUAUGUCCAGUCUUUAUUGAACGUUUGUUUCACCAUCUUGAAGGGAGAAAAUUUGGAUCCAAUUUUUGCCGAUUCCACCUUUGAAAUUCUCGAAUUGACUUUGACAGCUUUGAACGACAGAUUUGUGCCCAUCUUACCAGCAUUCUUGCCAGAAAUUUUCGAUAUUUUCAUCAAGUUGGAAACAGAAAAUGCGUUCGACGACUACAUGCUCCAUCACUUAUCAGUGUUGAAGGUAUUCUUUGCUGCUUUGUACGUUGAUCCAGUCACUACUAUCCAGUUCCUCAACGAGAAGCAAUUCACUGCUAACUUCUUCAAGUUGUGGAUGAAGAACUCGGCCGAUUUCCAAAGUGUUUACGGUUGUAAGCUCCAGAUUUUGGCAUCUGUGGCGUUGGUGAAGACACAGGCCAUCACCAUGAUUCCAGAGGACUUGGUUGGCGAAUCUGUGGACUUAUUAUUGUCUAACGUGUCUGCAUUACCUGGAGCCAUCAGGGCAAGAGAGGAGAUUUUGACGAAGGAAAGAAGUCAAAAGGAGAUUGUCAGCAACGAGGAUGAAGAAGAUGAGUAUGGCCAAGCAUACUGGGACGAGGAUGACUUGGAAGCCGAUGAGGCUGAAUUGGAGGCCAUGAAACAGACUCCAAUUGACAGUAUCAACGUAUUUGAAGUUUUCAGCGAUGUUGUUGUCGAAUUGCAACAUCAAGACGGUGCUAAGUACCAGGCACUUUUUGGAGGUCUCGACCAAGAACAACAAGAGUUGGUGCAACAGAUGGUCAAGAUAACAGAGCAACAGAAGGCUGCUCGUGGCAACUGA